AUGUCUUUCCGCCUUUCUCGAGUAUUUGUGCCCGCCUGUGUUCGCUUCACAGGAGCGGCCGUGGCCGCCCCCAGGCUGCUCAGCUCAUCCUCGAGCAGACUCUACUCCAGCACCAAGAGCGCCUUCAGCCCGCAAGAUAUUCACGAUGUUUCCCACGCCCCCGACCACAUCCAGACCAAGCUUCCAUCCAAGAAGGAACUGCGCAAUGCCAAGCGUUUUAGGGAGUUCGAUAUGGAGGGCCGCGUCUAUGUUAUCACUGGUGGCGGCCGCGGAUUGGGCCUGUCCAUGGGCGAGGCCCUGAUUGAGGCCGGUGCAAAGGUCUAUGCCCUGGAUCGUCUUGAAACACCACACCCCGACUUUUUCGUGGCCAAGGAAAAAGCCGAGAACGAGUACGGCGGUAGCCUGGAGUACAUCAAGAUCGACGUGCGCAAUAACACCGAAGUAAACAACACCUUUGCGGCGAUCGCCGCGAAGGAGGAGCGCCUCGAUGGCCUGGUUGCCGCCGCGGGCAUCAAUCACCUGCAGUCCGCGCUCGAGCACUCGCAGCAGGCGCUCGACGAGGUAAUGAGCAUCAACUACAACGGCGUGUUCAACUCCGCCACCGCCGCCGCCCGCCAAAUGUUCAACUACCAGCAAAAGGGCUCCAUCCUGCUAGUGGCAUCUAUGAGCGGCCUCAUCGCCAACAAGGGCAUGACCUCGCCCGUCUACAACUCCUCCAAGGCCGCCGUUAUCCAGCUUGCCCGCUCGCUGGCUAUGGAGUGGGGCCGCCACGGUAUCCGCGUGAACAGUCUCUGCCCCGGCCACAUCAUCACGCCGAUGGUGGAGCAGGUGUUCCAGCAGAACCCGGCUGCCCGUGCGACCUGGGAGGCAGAGAACAUGCUCGGUCGUCUGGCUGUGCCGGAGGAGUUCCGCGGCUCGGCCCUGUUCUGCCUGUCCGAUGCUAGCAGCUUCAUGACCGGCAGCACCCUGAUCAUCGACGGCGGCCACACUGCCUGGUGA